GAGAUCAACCUCUCCGAGCUCCAGAAGUCGCUCGACAAGACGGCACUCGAGGUCGUUGAGAACCAGAAGGAGAACAUGGUUGGGCGCAAAAGGCUUGCCGAGCAGACCAGGGGUACGGUUGUCCCAAUAGCCUGAUCACGCUCACGCGUCAGAGUUCAAGAAGCAGCCAGACAACCAGGACAAGUUCGGCGCCAUGAAGGUGCUCUUGAAAGCGUACCAAGGCGAGAUUGACAGCCUAACAAGACGGUCCAAAACGAGCGAAACGUCGUUCCUCAAUGUGUACAAGCUGCUCUCAGACGCACCCGACCCGUACCCGCUUCUGGACGCGGCCGUGGAUCAGACCGUCAAGGUUGCCGAGGCGAGGAUGCUUGAGGCCGAGCUCUCGCGAUUGAGAGAGGAGAACUCGGAGCUCAAGAAGCAGGUUGCCAAUGGCAGUAGCGCCGACGACAAGCGCAAGAAAGCGGAAGCGCGGGUAGAGCAGCUCGAGGCGAAGAUGGACGACUUGAUUCAGGAACGCGUGACUCAAAAGGAGAAUGAGUUGAACGCGGAGUAUGACGAGCGGAUUCGCAACUACGAGGAGCGCGAAAAGGAUCUCCAGCGCCAGGUAGAAACGCACAAGCGCCAGCUACGCGACCUCGCCAUGUCCAACGAGAACACGACGGCCAAGUUGAUGGACGCAAGUCAGAGGCAGGAACAAGAUGUUGCCGCCAAGCUCGCUGAGCUCGACCUUGUAGUUGCCGACCUGAACCGUGCCAACGAGCGCGUCGCGACGGUGGAGCGCCGUAAUGAGCUGUUGCGCGCUGAGAUCGAGACUGCUCGUAGCGGGUCACAGCAGGCUGACAGGGUCAAGGAGCAGGAAGAUCACAUUGCUGAGCUUGAGGCUGAGGCGUCGCGCCUCCUUCGCGCGCUUGACAUGGUCAAAGACCAGAAGGCAGAGGUUGAGCGUGCAGAGAAGAAGCGCGCAGACGAUGCCGCUCGCGAGAUCGCCAACCAGGCGGCCGAGAUCGAGAACCUGAGGACCAAGGCAAAGCAGUACUCUGACUACGAUGAGAUUAAGCGCGAGCUCGAAAUCAUGAAGUACGUUGAGUUCUCCAAUGCCGAUCUGGAUAACGACGAGGACGUGCACAUGCCGGACCCCAAUGCGGACGUCGCGAACAAGCAACUCGGAAAAUCGCUGGAGAACCUCCUGGUGUCGAAGAAUCGUCGUCUUCUCGAGGAUCUGACCAAGCUUCGCGUCGCGCACGAGGAGUUGGUUAGCCUGUACGCCAAGGCAGAGAACAGCUCGAGUCAAACCGAGGCAGAAUUGGCGCGCCUGCGCUCGCUGAACCAAAAGCUCGAAAACGACCUCAUGCAAAUGAACAACGGCGAAGGCAAAGAUCGGAGUGGGCCAGGCCUCGCCGGCCUUGACAUUGGCGGGAAGGAUGGAACAUCAACACCAUCAGGUGCAAACGACGCGUCAAUUUUGCCGAUCGUCACAAGUCAGCGCGACCGGUUCCGGCAACGCAAUGCCGAGCUCGAGGAGGAGCUGCGCAAGCAGUUCGAGGCGAUCUCAGAUCUGCGUGUUGAGAUCAAGGGCCUGCAGGCCGACAACCUCAAGCUUUACGAGAAGGUGCGGUACAUGCAGAGCUAUCGUGACAACACACCUGGGACCAGCACGCCCAGCGGGACGGCAGGAAUGUUGAACGGCGCAUUGAGAAGCCGCGAGGACGAAAUUGGGCGAUACAAGGACAAGUACGACGAGAGCCUAAAUCCUUUCGAGGCGUUCAAGGGACGCGAGAGUCUGCGCGCGAUUCAAGCACUGAACCCACUGGAGCGCGGUGUGUUUGCAUUGACACGCGCAAUCAUCGGAAACAAGCGCGCUCGCUCAUUGUUCAUCAUGUAUGCCGCAAGCCUCCACGCACUUGUGGUCAUUGUGCUGUGGAACACGAUGCGCGCAAGCGACACGGCGCAGCCAGUGCGAGUGCAGCCCAUGUAAACACCUCAUGCAAAUGAUGUAAUUCAA